AUGCCCCCAAAGAAGUCAAUCUCUCAACUCCAUGUUGAGCGUGGUGUCUCCAAAGCGACAUUGACGAAAAUAGAGCAAUUUCUUGACAAGGAUGCGGAAUCAGCUACAGCACCAGUCCUGGAAAUGCGUCUAGAAUCUCUUGCACGAGCAAAUGCAAACUUCACAGAUGUUCAGAACCAGAUUUAUGCUCUCAUUGAUCCGGAAAGCGCUGUUGACAUUUUGGCCGAGCAAAAUGAGGUUAUGGAUUUCAACGAGAGAGUCGUCAAUGCCGAAUUUAGGAUCAAGACAUUAUUGAAAUCAUUUAAGACAGAGCCUACGCCACCACAGGCUACAAACAAUGAUGAUCAAAUCAGUAAAUUGGCUACAGUCAUUGCUGAUGCACUAUCCAAGAGGGAGAAAAGUCAUUCCAAGAAGGCAAAACUUCCUGAUUUGGAUAUCCCCAAGUUUUCAGGCGAUUAUACAGAAUGGCAAUCCUUCAGAGAUCUCUACGUCUGCUCGGUCCAUGAGAAUGAUGAACUGUCAAAUGUGCAAAAAUUCCAACACCUUAGAGGUCUCAUUGAAGGGCAAGCAAAAGGUGUUAUUAAGCAUCUGCCGAUGACGGAUGGCAACUAUACGAAAAAGCAUGGGAUGCCCUUGUUAAACGAUUCAACAAAGAACAAUGUUCCGGAUAACAAUCCAAUUCUUCUCAGGAAUUUACUGAACACAAGCCUGGAAACUAUCAAUGCAGUAGAAACCUUGGGACACAAAGAACGUGAUAUCUGGCUGAUCAACUACAUUCUCCGGAAGGUGGACAAUGAGACACACAGUCUCUGGACCAGGGAAUUUCCACAGUCAGGGGUUCCCUCUUGGGAUGAGUUCCUGGACUUUUUGGAGAAAAGAUGCGAUUCAGUGGAAGCAUCCAUGUCGAAGAAUAACAGCUCGAAUCGUGAGAAGCAAAAUGGAAAUUCAAAGGGUGCAAAGCCAUCCAAAUCUUCCAAGACAGCUCUAGCAGUGUCUAUCAAGAACUGUCAGAUGUGUCAUCAAGGAGCUCACUACAGCUACCAAUGUCAAAAGUUUCAAUCAGCAACCCCUGCUCAAAGGCUUCAGCUAGUCAAGAAAGCUAAACUUUGCCUGAAUUGUCUUCGAGAUUCCCAUACUACAGAAGCUUGCCAGAGUUCCAAUUGUCGCAAAUGUCAGGUGAAGCAUAAUACUUUGCUUCAUGAUGCCCUUGUAGUACCUUCUGAGAAUAGUCAGGUCCCACCAGAGGCUCCCAUCAAUCUAGUUCCUUCAUCCUCUGGGGGAGUGCCAGCUAGCUUGGUCAGUAAUCUCCAGCGCAAGGUCAUCUCCGAGCAAAUUUUACUACCUACAGCAACAAUCAUGGUCAAGGGAGGAGACGGCAGACUCCACAAGUGUCGAGCUCUCCUCGAUUCGUGCAGCCAGACUAAUUUCGUGACAAAUUCAUUUGCACAGAAGAGUAAGCUUCGUACACUCCCUCAAGGCAAUCAUGUAGUUUCUGGCUUUGGACAACAUAAAACAUCAUCCAAUAAUUCCACUCAUUUUACAUUCUCAUCUCAAGAUGGGAAUUUCACAAUGGAUUUGGACUUCAUAGUACUUGAUUCCAUCGUCGAUGAUCAGCCAAGUUCAACAUUUGAGGUGCUUUGGCAUAUUCCUGCAGGCAUUCCACUUGCAGAUUUCGAGUAUAAUAUACGCAGCAGGAUUGAUGUGCUCUUGGGAGCUGAAGUAUUUAUGAAGGCGCUCCGUUCCGGAAGUUUUGAAGGAUCACCAACCCUCCAAGAGACAGCUUUCGGUUAUAUUAUAGCCGGAAGCACCCCUUGUGAAUCUACAUCUGCAUUCGCGAGUUCCUGUGUGUCUACUUGCCUCUGCUCUCUCAACAUGUCAGAUACUCUUCACCAGCAAAUGGAACGAUUUUGGACGGUAGAGGAGCCACCUACGCCUGAAAAGAUUUUAUCUAAGGAAGAGCAAUUGUGUGAAACUCAUUUCACACAACACACAACUAGGGAUUCAGAUGGUUGUUUUGUCGUGCGACUCCCACUACGAGACAAUCUUGAAGCACUGGGUAAGUCAGAAACAUUGGCUCUCAAAAGGUUUUUUUGCAUCGAGAAAAAGCUCCAGCGCAAUUCAGAUCUUCGGGAGAAAUAUGUUGCUUUUAUGCGUGAGUAUGAAAGUCUCGGUCACAUGCGUCUUCUUCCGGAAACCUAUCACUCAGAUCGACCACCUGUUUACUUACCUCAUCACCCCGUCUUCAAAGUAUCAUCCUCUACACCAGUAAGGGUGGUAUUCGAUGCAUCUGCCAAAACAAGCAGCGAAGUAUCUCUGAAUGACGUACUGAUGGUGGGGCCCAAAACGCAGGAUGAUCUUUUUGCAAUUUUAUUUAGGUUCAGAGAACAUAAUAUCGUUGUAAAAGCAGACAUCAAAAAGAUGUUUCGACAGGUACGUGUGCACUCAGAUGAUCAAAAUAUGCAACGUAUUUUUUGGCCUGAAGCACCACAUCUUCCCAUGAAUACAUACUUGCUGUCUACUGUGACCUAUGGGACAGGAAGUGCCAGUUAUCUUAGCACGAGAUGCAUCAGUAAACUCGUGGAGGAAGAGGGUGAUAAUUUCCCAGUGGCGAAACCAGCAGCUUCCCGUGACUUUUAUGUAGAUGAUUUCAUUUCCGGGAGCCCAACAGUUGCUGAAGCUCAGGAAUUGCAGUCUCAGAUCAAUUUACUUAUGCGCAAAGGAGGAUUUCAACUAUCAAAGUGGAUGUCCAAUAGCUCAGAAGCACUCAAAAAUGUUCCCCUCAGCGAAAGAGAGAUCACAGAGCCACUGGAUCUCUCAUCUACAGAGACUAUCAGCACAUUGGGCCUGCAAUGGAAUCCCGUUAGUGAUGAAUUUACAUUCAAGGUUUCUUCAUCUUUUCAAACCAUCACCAAGAGAGCCAUCCUCUCAGAAAUGUCAAGAAUCUUUGACCCUCUCGGAUUGUUGGCACCAGUCACCAUCCAGACAAAGAUUCUUAUGCAAUCUCUUUGGCUUGUCAAAGCCGAUUGGGACGAUGAACUUGUGGACACGACUGUUUUGCAAACAUGGCAAGAAUAUCAACAAAAUCUCAAGUAUUUGAUGGAGUUCCGGAUUCCUCGUCACAUAACCUCUGCUCACCAACCUCAUCAACUCGUGCAGCUGUCAGUGUUUUGUGAUGCAUCCGGAAAGGCCUUUGGGACAUGUAUUUACCUUCAGGCUAUUGACGCAGUUUCUGGCAAUCAGUUGACAAGUCGAUUGUUAUGUGCAAAAACUCGCGUCACACCCUUAAAGCAAGUGUCUCUGCCAAGGUUAGAGUUGUGUGCAGCCCUUUUGGCUAUGAAACUCCUUCAGAGUGUUCAAUUUGCAUUAACAGUGCGUGUAGAUUCGAUUGCAGCCUUCACAGAUUCUACAGUAGUAUUGUGUUGGUUGUCAUCGGAGCCCAAAAGGUGGCAAACUUUUGUGGCAAACAGAGUGUCAAAAAUUAAAAAUAUUUUACCUCGUGAAAAUUGGUUUCAUGUGCCAUCUGCCCUCAAUCCCGCUGAUCUUACAUCAAGAGGAUUGAGCCCAAGCAAGCUGAAGGACAAUAUUUUGUGGUGGAGUGGCCCAAAUACAAAGGAACUUCAGGAAAAACGUGAAAUUCCCAGUGCUCAAGUGUCAGAGGUUGAAUUAGAUCAGAAAGUCGUUUGUGCAGUGACCAGUCGAAAUAGUUUUUGGGCAAUCAUCAACAAAUUUUCAUCACACUCAAAAAUGAUCAGGAGUUUGUCAAUCUGGCGUCGAUAUUUCCACAACCUUCGUUCUCGUAUCCAUGGCGAGGACAUCAUUUGUGGCCCAUUAACCUCCCAAGAACUCACUGACACCAACAUUCAAGUAAUUCGUGCCAUUCAAGCUGAAUGCUUUGCUGAUGACAUCAGACGUCUAAAAGGAAAACAAAAGCUGUCAAACAAUUCUCGAAUCAAAGAUUUGUGUCCAUACAUGGAUGAGCUAGACAUUCUACGUGUGGGGGGCAGAAUUGAGAAUGCACAAAUCUCAUCUUCUCAGAAACAUCCCGCAAUAUUGCCUAAUAAACAUACAUUUUCAAAGCUUAUUGCAGACAGGGUGCACCGUGAAACCUGCCAUGGAGGUCCGCAGCUUAUGCUUUACACGAUCAGACAGGAAUAUUGGGCUCUCAGAGGACUGGAUGUUGCAAAAGCUGCUCGUCGUAGAUGCGUCAGGCGUUUCAUCGCACGACGAGGUAGGCCAUCGGAUGUCUAUUGUGACAACGCUAAAAACUUCGUUGGAGCUCAAAAGCAGCUUGAGGAGAUUCGGCAAGUUUUAUCAACUCAAACCAGCCAGGAGAUUAUUACCAGACAUGCAGCAGAUGCCAGAGUCAACUUCCAUUUUAUCCCACCAAGGAGCGCUCAUUUUGGAGGAAUGUGGGAAUCUUCAGUGAAGAGCUUUAAGAGACGUUUCUAUCGGAUCAAAACCGAUUGGACAAAUGGCAACGGAAUCAGCAAAUUGUUCAAACACUUUUGGCGUCGCUUUCGCAUCGAAGUUUUCUCACAAUUGCAACAACGCAAAAAGUGGCAGCACGAGCAAUCGGACUUGAAAGUAAAUGAUCUCGUGGUUAUCCUUGAGGAUAAUGUUCCACCUCUAUCAUGGAUUCUUGGACGCAUCAUCGAUGUACAUCCCGGACGUGAUGGACACGUACGAGUAGCCAAGGUCAAAACACAAACUGGAAUUUACACAAGAGCCAUCACCCGUUUGGCUCGUCUUCCAGAUGAAGUUCAAAACCAGGAGGUUCUGCCAGGGGAGAAUGGAGACGAAGCUCCAUGA